GUGAAGGCAUUAUAUUUUUGUCUCCGUGUUCUUUUUAUACUCAAAAUAAGAUUGUUGAAGAGCAAUGGCUGAUGUUAUGGAAACUUGGUGCAGGCUUUGCCAUAAAAAUAUAACCGAUGAAAGUUUUGAAGUGAUAGACAACAGUACUAGGGACAUUCUAGAUGUUCUUUUGCUGAAAUUGGAAUUUGAUAACGAGAAAAAAGAGGUUAUAUGUAACGCUUGUAGAAGAAAGUUAAAUGCGGCGUUAGACUUUAGGUCAACAUGUCUGAAUACCGAUAAGACAAUUAUUCCUUAUGUCGAUGGCAAGAAAAUGUUACAGCUCGACUUAAGAGAAGUGUACAUGCAGGAAAAGAAAAGUGAAUUAAAUUGCAGUCAGAAAAUAUGUCGAUUGUGUAUGCACCCAGUAGAAAGUGAGUUUAGGUGCAUACGUGAAGUGCAACUUGAAGCUAUUCAGAAAUUGGCUCCCGAAAUGGAUAUAAAUAUCAUCAAAGAUCCUGUUGUGUGUAAGCAAUGCUUGUAUUCUCUGUGUACUCACAAUAGUUUCCUAAAUGACUGCUCAAAGGUAGAAGAAAGAAAAAGUAUUUUUGGUAGUUCAGCCACAGGAAGUCAAAUAGAUACGUCUCCACUUGAUUUAUUGGUUAAAACUGAAAACCUGGACAAGGAAUUUGAUAUUAACGAGAUGGAAAUGUCGAUCAAACCUGAAUAUGUGGACAUAAAAUCGGAAGAUGAGGAAAGGAGCAACAAGCCACUGCCCGAUAUUGUACCAUUCGAAGAGAGUGACUGUAAAUAUGAAGAAGAGGAUGGAUGUAAACGUGAGAGUGGAUCAGAAGUGAAAACCAAGCAGAAGCACAAAGUAUUGUACAAAUGUGAUAAUUGCAUUUACGAAACUGAAAGUGUGAUUUGUUUUACGGCACACUGUGCGAGACACGAGAACGAUUCGGAAGCAUAUAAAUGUGAAUCGUGUGAAUAUAACACUAAAAAUAAGACAUUACUUCAGAGGCACCUGUUGAGGCAUAAAGAUCCAUCGCAGGUUCAAAUGUACAAGUGUGAAGACUGCGAUUACGAAAGUAAAUACAAAGGAUAUAUCAAACGGCACCAACUGAGGCAUAAAGAUCCACAGGUUCAAAUGUACAAGUGUAACGACUGCGAUUACGAAACGAAACACAAGCAUGUUGUCAAAAUACAUCAACUGACACAUAAAAACCCUUCACAGCUUCAAAUGUACAAGUGUAACCAUUGCGAUUUUAAAACUAAAUACAACAAAGACGCCAAACGACACCAACUGAUACAUAAAGACCCUUCACAGAUUCAAAUGUACAAGUGUAACAGCUGCACGUAUGAAACUAAACACAAGAGAAAUAUGAAACGUCACGAACUGAAGCAUAAAGAUCCUUCGCAGGUUCAAAUGUACAGGUGUAAAGACUGCGAUUACGAAACUAAAUACAAGGGUUAUAUCAAACAGCACCAACUGAAGCAUAAAGAUCCCCAGCAAGUUUGGAUAUUCAGCUGUAACGAUUGCGAUUACCAAACUGAAUACAAUAAGAAUACUGUCAAAAAUACGAAUGCACAAGCAAGCGUAAGGAGUCUUCACGGAGACCCCAAUUGAUACACAAAAUAAGUUCACAAGUGUGAAUUACCACCCCUCCUCCGUUGUGCAAAAUAUUGUUAGAAAUUGAGGAAUUUAAGAGCGACCAAGUGUGGAUAUGACAAAAUUCAUAAAUAUCUGAAUACAAAGAAAAUGUAGCGCCUGUCUUGAAAUAUGUCGAUUGAAAUACGAAAAGCUGACCGAAAUGGAAGCUAACAAGCGAUUUUGGAUUAGCUUUUGUUGAAUUUGCUAAUACGUAGUUAUGUCCACACUUUCCGGUUUCUCGCAAUGUAACAGUCUGCUAAUUGACAAACAGUUCAUAACUUCGACAAGUUAUAUGUUAAAUGUGUAUUUUAAAUUUAAACAGGGAUAUUGUCAACUGUGUAAAGCAUGUAAU